CCGCCCUUUGAAUCAUCUCAGUUCGCUAUGAGCACUACGCGCCAGUACCAGUAUGACAAGGACGGCCUGCCCAUACUCAGCUUUCUCGAGUCGGCGUCGCUGACAUGGAUCAUCAUCCGCAUGCCCUUCGUGCUCUUAUGGAAGGCCGUUGCGUCCAACUUUUCCAAGUCCGCCAAACCAACCAACCGUGUCGUGUUCGAGGCCUCCUCGCGACACGUCCUCGGCAAUGUCUCCAUACAACAGCUCCAGCGCAUCUCUGGGACCUCGACUGCUGCGUAUCUUGCGUGGGCUAAGCAAGCCAACCAGCAGCCCGUUAUCGAGAGCCUCGAAGGCGGCACGAAGCUGUUUUGGAUGGGCGACAAGAACGCAGACUUUGUUCUCCUUUACUGCCAUGGUGGCGGCUUUGUCGGGCCUUUGUGCGACUUCCAGUGCAAGUUUAGUGAGAUAGUCGCCACUGAGUUUGCGAAGAAGAGCAAUGGUGCUACGUUGGCGGUUGCUGCCCUCGAUUACUCCUUAAUACCACACACGUUCCCGACCCAACUGCUCGAGCUCUCCACAGCCAUCCAGCACAUCCUCGCUCAAGGCACCUCCCCAAACCACCUCUUCCUCGCUGGCGAAUCCGCCGGCGCGAACAUAAUCACCCAGCUCCUCUCGCACCACCUCCACCCGCACCCGUCCCUCCCCUCGCCCACCUCGCUCUCCGCCCCCAUCACAGGCACCCUCCUCUUCUCGCCCUGGUGCGCCCUCGAGCCCGCAGGCGCAUCGACGCACACCAACACCGACAAGGACCUCGUCACGGCCGACACGCUCGCCAUGUGGGGCCGCGCGUACCGCGUGCAGCUGCCCGACUCGCAGCUGCCGUACGUCGACUGCACCACAGCGCCGCGCGAAACGUGGUACAGCGGCGUGCAGGCGCUCACACGUCGCGUGCUCGUCACCGCGGGCGACGACGAGGUCCUGCGCGACGAUGUGCUCAGCCUCGCGGACAUGCUGAGCGCCGCACACGAGGAUGUGCGCGUCGAGGUGCAGCCCGGUGGGGUGCAUGUGGAUAUGAUCUUUGACGUGGCUGCCAAGUCGAAGACAUUGAGUCCUGUCACGGCCAUGGUUGUCGAUUGGCUCGUGGAGACCGCUGGGGCGCAGAAGUCGUAGAUAAGCCUUUUUCGUAAGGACAAUGGAUCGUCUGGUUUUGAAACGCUCGCGCUUGUAGAGUCACAUUAUGUUAUUGCAAACAUGAGGAAUCAGCUUAUCGACAAGUUUG